AAUGGUGGUACUGACCAACAUGUGAGGCAGAAUUUCAGGCUGAUGAAGGCUACUUCCCCAGAGAUGUGGGUGAAGUUCACAGAGCAGCUGCACAGAAAACAGUUUUGUGAUUGUGGGGCCCUACCAACACGGGAAAAUGCCAUCCCUCUUGAUACUCGCACAGGGGGAUUUCCUGUGGAAUCAAAAGUGCAAUACAAGUGCAUCAAUGGCUCAGUUAAAAUCCCUGGGAAGCCGGACACCGCCGUUUGCCUUGCAAACUCACAGUGGAGACUCAAUGGAAUCUUUUGUGGUCGUAGCUGUGGUGUCCCACCAAGGUUUAGAUCUGCUGCCGUAAGUAAGGAAGAUGAAAUGAAGAGCUACUAUCCCCCAGGGACCACUGUGACUUAUGUCUGUCGCCCAGGUUAUGAGCCGACCGAACUGAUGCCCAGUGCCACUUGUCUUGAGAAUGUAACAUGGUCGGAAUCUCCUGAAUUCUGUACAAGGAAAUCUUGUCCUGCUCCAGAAGGACCAAAGAACGGCAGAGUUGUUGAUGGAACAGAUUACCUGUUUGGUACAAGAGUAAACAUAACUUGUAACCAUGGGUUCAAAUUACGUGGGCGGAAUUUCAUCCAAUGUGUGCUAAAUGGAAACCCCUGGACUCAGCUUCCCACUUGUGAAGCAAUAUCUUGUCUUCCACCUCUUAAUAUCACCCAUGGAUCCCACAAUCGUCUGGGUGAAGAAGAGUUUAUAUUUGGCUCAGCAGUAACUUACUUCUGUGACGAGGGUUUCUCUCUCAUUGGAGAGGCCUCCAUUCAUUGUACAACGAAUGAUCAAGUCAAUGGAGAGUGGAGUGGGCAGGCCCCUGAAUGCAAAGGAAAACCAUGUAGACAAUUAGAAGUAGAAAACGGCAGAGUUGAAUUAUUCGAUCUCCACUUUGGUGCAACAGUCAGCUUCUCAUGUGAUGAUGGGUACAGAAUGAUUGGACCAGCUUCUGCUCAGUGUGUGCUUAGGGGAAAUGGAGUUGAUUGGGAUAAGGAGGUUCCACGUUGUAAAGCAAUACCUUGUCUUCCACCUCCAAAUAUUCCCCAUGGAUCCCACAAUCAUCUGGGUGAAGAAGAGUUUGUAUUUGGCUCACUAGUAACUUACAGCUGUGACAAGGGUUUCUCUCUUGUUGGAGAGGCCUCCAUUCAUUGUACAACGAAUGAUCGAAUCAGUGGAGAGUGGAGUGGGCCGGCCCCUGAAUGCAAAGCAAUAUCUUGUCUUCCACCUCUUAAUAUCACCCAUGGAUCCCACAAUCAUCUGGGUGAAGAAGAGUUUGCAUUUGGCUCAGCAGUAACUUACAGCUGUGAUGAGGGUUUCUCUCUUAUUGGAGAGGCCUCCAUUCAUUGUACAACGAAUGAUCGAGUCAAUGGAGAGUGGAGUGGGCCGGCCCCUGAAUGCAAAGAUUCUGCCUCGGACACAGCUGCCAACUCUCCUCAGGCUGGAGAUGAAGACAUUAAAAAACCAAUCAUCAUUACCUUGAUCGUUUCUGGGGCUAUCAUUGCCAUUGGUAGCUUAGCAAGUCUUGCAGCUUUUGCUAGAAAGCAUCCAGGAAAAAUAUGGCGAAAGAAAAAAAGGUCUUACAAUGUAAGUCUGGAUUCUUCAGUGUGUCAAAUGUCAGAAGAACAGACAAAGAAAAUGCUGAUUUGAUCUUGAAAGGAUAAAUGACACGUGUUGGAUGAUGUCUAUCUUUUACAAAUUAACUGACACUGGAAGAAAGUAAUGGAAAUGUUAGGAAAUAUAUUGCAAACGUUGGUACUGAAAUUCCUGUGGGGAAACUAGACCCUCCCAGGCAACUGGUGUUACUUUGACUAUAACCUUUUUCCUCUGCCGAGCUAGCAUUUUAGUAGGAAUCCACUGCAUUUGAGGAAAGCAGAAAGAAAAGAGGCAGAACAUUGCUCUUGCCUUUGAAAAUUGGCUUCCGAAGACAGUUAGGAGCGUCAAAAUAAUUUGCUGUUCUGAAUGUACAGCUUGUCCCUUAUUCAGCCUCUCCAUAGCACUAAAUCUUUCUCCUUAAUGAACAUAGUCAUCAUUAGAGCACGGCAUGGUUUGGUUGUGAGUUUUGGCUUUAACUGCAGAUGAUGGAAUGCAUAUUAUUCUUUAAACAGGAUUUCAAAAUGCCAGACACUUUGUGGAAUGUUGUAGAUUCUUCUGGUGUGUUUCACCUUUGAGAAAAUUAAGGAUAAUAUGAAUUUACAUGCCAUUACAAAGAUGCUCUGAAUACUCACUAAAAAUUCUCUCAGGGUGUAUUUACACUGGACCCUAAACUCGAAAUAAGAUACGUAAUUUGUGCUAUGCAAAUUGCAUAUCUUACUUUGAAUCUGUUUUCAAAUAGUUUAUUUUUUAAUUUGGUGUGUCUGCACGGUGCCAUAUUUCAAAAUUACAUGCUAUUACGAGCCAUCCCUUAUCUCUCGGGCAAUGAUAUUUACCACGAUGGCAAAAGAGCACCCCCAUUAUUUCGAAAAAUAUUUUAAAAUAAGGGUGGCUUGUGUAGAUGCAAGGUAGUGCAGUGUAAGCGUACCCUCAGUGCGAAUAACAAAUUAUAUUAGUUUCAUUGCAAUCCACUCUCACUUUUUUAUAAGAAGUAAGCGGUAAGAUUAAAAGUAUAUUCCAGUUAAGUUCUUUAAUGCUUUAGUGCCUACAUUAUUUUUAUAUGUUUGUUGUGAAAAACCUAUCUUUGUAGAGCUUAAAAUAUAUUUUUUUAAUAUUCAGGAAAUCCUAUUAUUUGCUGCCGAGAGAGGAUGUUUAUAAUCAAGCACUUUAAAUCUUCUAAGAUAAAUGAUAAAGAUUUUAAAUAUUGACAUAUUUUUAUGAUUGCAAGUUGCAUUGAGUUGCAUUGAGUUGUAUUUAGCAAUAGAACAAAUCUUUCCAUGAAUGAAGAAACUAUCAUUGAAGAUAUUUGUGGUAUUUACAAUGUUUUCCUUAGUAUAAGUUUUUCUCUUAAAUAAAAGUGAAUAAAGACUCGA